GAGGGGAGCCGAGGAGCGGCCGCCGCACAGCCUCUAGCCGCGCUCGCCGCAGGCUGUUACAAGGCAGGCACCGUUAUCCCAGGCUCAGAGAGGUUAAGCACUCGCCUGGAUCACACUGUCAGGACCCAGAGGCAGGAUUUGAUCUCAGGUCUGACUCCAAGGCUGGGCCCUCCUCACCUGUGCUGGUGCAAAGGCCUGAAGAAAUGUGAAGCCUGAGAGUCAUUGUGAAUUCUUUCCAGCGUGGCGGCUUCGGGGACGCCAGACAUCUUCCGUGGCGGCUCAGGGCUCCACAGGGGCCUAUGUGCGUGUGAGGAGACAGAGGGAGAGUGAAGCAGAACCAGACAUCCCUUCCCCUUGACUCCCUAACUCUGCUCCUAGUUCCAGUUCCGGCAAGGAUGUUGUUACCUUUGGCAACGAGAAUGUUAGUGCUGCUGCUGCCCCUGAGUCAGGCUGCUCCCAAGGACGGAACCGUGAGGUUGGACCCUGAGGUGCAGCAGCAGCCCCUGUCCAACCCCUUCCAGCCAGGCCAGGAGCAGCUUCGGCUUCUGCAGAACUACCUACAGGGACUGGAGAGGAUGGAAAAGGAGCCCGGACACAUGACCCGGGAGCAGGUUCUCCUCUACCUCUUUGCCCUCCACGACUAUGACCAGAGUGGACAGCUGGAUGGCCUGGAGCUGUUGUCCAUGUUGACCGCAGCUCUGGCACCUGGAGCUGCUGAUUUUCCCAUUGCCAACCCGGUGAUCCUGGUAGUGGACAAGGUGCUCGAGACCCAGGACCUGAACGGGGAUGGGCUCAUGUCCCCUGCAGAGCUCAUCAACUUCCCAGGAGAGGCCCCAAGGCACACACAGCCUGAAGAGCCCCCGGAGCCACAAGACAUUGGGAGGCAGCCCCCAUUAGCUAACAGCCCGCCAGGACAAGAGCUGCAGGGAGCCCUGGGUCCCAGAGAAGAUGGGGGACCGGCAGAGGCCAGAAGGGAGUCCUCAGAGCCUGUGCAGGAAGCUGGGGGACAGGCAGAGGCUGAAAGAGAAGUCCCAGGCCCUGCAGCAGAGGCUACAGGACAGGCAGAGGCCAGGGACACUGUAAAGGAUGCAGAGGAGCUUCCAGGGGAAACCUUGGAGUCUAAGAGCACCCCAAAUGAGUUUGAAGUUCAUGUUAUUCAACUGGAGAAUGAUGAGAUAUGAACCUUGACGAAAGAGAUCUGCACCUGCAGAAGUCUCAGUACCAGAACAUGAGCCCCGAAGAGUGGGGCGUGUAGGCUGGGACCAGGACUGCCUCUUUGUCUGCUUCCUGGCCCCCAGAGGGGCAGCUCAGGGAGACCUGAAGUUGAGGGCAGCAGCUUUAGGGCCCAGACAACCAAUAAAGAACUGAUGAACU